GCGCGCGCGCCCGUCCGCGAGAGCGCGCAGCGCGAGGGGGUGUGAGAGAGCGAGCCGCGGGCGGGAGAGAGAAACGGUUGGAAGGGAUCGAGCUGGCUGGUGCUCACGUGACGAUGAGAGGUGGGGGGGGUCGGUGACGUUCCCAACGGGCGGCGCUGUCAGGUGUGAAGGGGCAGGCGGGUCGGUCGGUCUGGUACUGUCGGCCGCAAGGUGCUGUCGCUCCCGCUAUCAAGGUGCAAGACUUUGCCCUCAUUCAUGGCCGUUGGCUUGUUUGCCCUGCUGGGACGGUGGCCGUUCCUCAGAGCGAUCCGAUUGGCCCGGAGUUUACCAGCUAUUAAUUUGCACAUAACUGGAACAGCCAUGGUUGCGACAGAAGCUGAGUUUGAUAUUGCAAAGGAUAAAUUGAAGACUUUAACCAAGGAUCCUGGAAAUGAAGUCAAAUUAAAGAUAUACGCAUUGUUUAAACAGGCUACGCAAGGACCGUGCAGUUCACCAAAGCCAAGUAUGUUGGAUUUCGUCAACAAGGCAAAAUGGGAGGCUUGGAAUUCACUUGGGAAAGCAACCACGGAGGAAGCCAGGCAGAAGUACGUGGAUCUCAUUGAAGAGCUAGUUUCUGCUGAUGCUCCCCCGCAGAGGAAAGCGGCUGCCACAGAGGAUGGAACGUCGUCAUUCCAGACACUGGACGUCACGACUGAGAACAACAUCACCACUAUUACUCUAAACAGACCAGACAGAAAGAAUGCCAUUUCAAUUUUGAUGUACAAUGAAAUCAUGCAGGCACUCGAGCAAGCUGCAAAGGAUGACUCUACACUAACUGUAAUGACAGGCAACGGGGAUUACUACUGCAGUGGGAAUGAUUUGUCCAACUUCACUAAUAUUGCACCAGAAAAUAUGGAACAGUUGGCCAAGGAUUCAGCUGCGCGACUCAGGAAGUAUGUAAGCUGCUACAUAGACUUUCCCAAGCCACUCAUUGGAGUAAUUAAUGGCCCAGCUAUUGGAGUUGCUGUCACAGUGUUGGGAUUAUUUGAUGUCGUCUACGCCACUGACAAAGCCAAUUUCCAAACGCCUUUCAGUCAACUUGGUCAGAGCCCGGAAGGCUGCUCAUCGUACACCUUUCCCAAAAUAAUGGGCACCACUAAGGCUAAUGAAAUCCUCCUGUUCAACAAGAAGUUUACGGCAGCUCAGGCUUGUGAGCUGGGUCUGGUCACGGAGGUGUUCCCUGACGCUACCUUCCAGAAAGAGGUUUGGAACAAGCUCCACGCCUAUGCAAAACUGCCCAAGAAUUCACUGAUAUAUUCGAAGCAGCUGAUAAGAGGUGUAGACAAGGAGACGCUGCACGUGGUCAAUGCCCAGGAAUGUGACAGGCUGGAGGAGCGAUGGCUGUCUGUGGACUGCAUCAAUGCUGUCAUGAGCUUCUUUGAGAAGAGGUCCAAGUUAUGAUUCAGUUUCAUCAGCGGUCAGUAGUUGACACCAGGAAACAUCCUACAACAUCACUGUACUCCUCUCCUCUCAUCUGAUCACCCCUCUCCUUAUCUGUCACCCUCUUGGCUCCUUGACAUCUCCGGCCUUUGUCCACCCAUCUGCAAAUCACCUCCCCUCGUACCUGCUAGGGGAUUGACACAAAGUUCUGGAGUACCUCAGCGGGUGAGGCUGGAGAAAAAGGAUGGGUGACGUUUUGGGUCGGGACUUUUCUUCAGACUCUUCCGACCUGAAACGUCACCUAUCCAUGUUCUCCAGAGAUGCUGCCUGACCUGCUGAGUUACUCCAGCAAUCUGUGAAACGUCACCUAUCCGUGUUCUCCACAGAUGCUGCCUGACCCGCUGAGUUACUCCGGCACUCUGUGAAACGUCACCUAUCCAUGUUCUCCAGAGGUGCUGCCUGACCCGCUGAGUUACUCCAGCACUGUGUGUUUUAAUCAUUAAGCUCUUAAUGUUUUGGAUUAUGAAAGUUUAAUUAUUUUAUAAUUACAUUAUUGAAAUACUGUGGAAAUCACACCCUUGCUUGGUUUUGCUCUGAUAACUAUCCACACGUACAGAGUUUAAAAUAUUAGCUUAACAUGAUUGGUAUAUUGACUAAUGAUUAAUAGUGUUGUGGUGGGAAGGAACUGAAAACAAAAUGGUUAAUGCGGAAUUCUUUUUAUGUUUAAAAUCUGUAACUUUGCAUCAUAAAAGGAUAGUACCAAAAACAAUAAAAAGGGUAUUUUGGAUGUCUAA